UCCCCAUCGUCCUCGUCGCAUCCCGUACUCUUGCAUUUCCUCCCUCCUGAGCCAAACCCCCAAAUCCCCCCCGUCCGCCCAGAGCCGCCGCCGGUGACGGCGCCGCGGGCAAUGGGGACGGAGGUGGCAGCCGUCGUGGACCUCGGGGCGUUUUCGCAGUCGGAUCUCGUGGCGCUCGCUGCCGCGUCGCCCUACGCCGUCGACCCCCGCCGCGGCCGCCGCCGGGACGGCGACUUCCUCCCGCCCCCGAAGAUCGACCGCGCCGUCUUCAACGAGAGCUCCGGCUCCCGCAAACAGACCUUCUCCCGCCACCGCCCCGCCACCAACAUCUCCCACAACCUGACCCCCACCACCGCCGCGGCCUCCCCCUCCGCCGCCGCCGUCGCUGCCCCCGCGGAGGAGGACUCCGAGAACCGCCUCAUUGUGUUCCACCUCCAACGCCUCUUCGCGCGCGAUGACCCAUCGUACCCAGCCCCACCCGCGAUUCCACCCCGACAUCAAACCCUAACCGCUCCCGCGACAACAGCACCUGCGCCCCUCGCGACGUCGCUGCCGCCGCCGCCGGCGUCGGUGGCGUCGGCGGCCACGGACCCCGACAGGGAAGUGUUGAAUCCAAAAGGGGUGGCGGUUGAUCUGGCCAGGCUCGCGGAGCUGGUUGACCCGUACGGGGUGGAGCUACAGCAGCGGACGGCAGGGUUGGGGUCGGAGUCCGAGCUGCUGGGAUUCAUGAAUGCCCUGGAAGGGCAAUGGGGAAGCCGGCGGCGUCGGAGGAAGUUUGUGGACGCCGGCAUGUUCGCGGACCACCUGCCUCGUGGUUGGAAGUUGCUACUUGGGCUCAAGCGGAAGGAGCGUGUUGCAUGGAUUAAUUGCCGUCGUUAUGUGAGCCCCAAAGGACAUCAGUUUGCGACUUGCAAAGAAGUGUCUACCUACCUCAGGUCUCUGCUUGGAUAUCCAGAGGCAAAGCCAACUACCACACAGAUUAACAGUGCAGGAGUGCAUGACUUAGAUAUCAAUUCUGCAGGUCAUCAGCAAACCAUCUCAAUUGAGCAAAGGCAACUUGCAGUGCCACUUACUUCGGUUACAUUGUUUAGUCAUUCUGGUGAUUCCCAUGGACAAAAACUUCAGAAGGAUGAAGCUCAGAUGGAAGUGAAUCCAAAGGAGUGCCGGAAAUGCAACUUGACGUUUCAUGAUCAGGGUGCCUAUAUGCAACAUCAGUUGUCCUUUCACCAAAGGAAAGCUAAAAGGCGCAGGGUUAGUAAAUCCAGUGAACUAGGCACCUAUGUAGAUGGAAAUUAUGAAACCCAGCAGAAGACUCUUGGAGAGGGAUUUGGCAAUUCCAGCCAUGGUGUUGCAGAUGUAAGGUAUCAAGGUCAGAGUCCAGCAAAACUGUUCGAUGGGACCUUUUCAGGCCAGUUAGGUGUUCAACCAUCGUUGAAGGCAGCGCCAUUAGGGUUUCAGGAGAUGACUGUGUUGCCUCCUCAACUAGAAAAAGAACCUUUUGCUGGAGAGCCAGUCUCUAUGAACAAUAAGGACCCUCCUGAGGAGAUGUCUGGCUUUCUGGAACAGGAAAGAGAAUCUGCUGCUGGAGAACCCAUUUCUAGGCAUGGUAAGGACCCUCAGGAGAUGAUCAACUUUCCUGAACAGGAAAAAGAACCUGCUGCUAGAGAAGCAGUCUCUGGUUCAACCAGCGCAGCUGAACUGGAAAAAGGACCUUCUGCUGGAGGGCCCACCUCGGGGCAUCAUCUGGAUGCUGUUGACAAUUCAGACCAUAGAACACAUGAUGAAACAUGUGACAGUGCUGUAGCUUCUCUUUCUGUUGAUGCUGAAAGUAAAUUGAGUACUUGCAAUGCCACUAAUUUUCAUGAGAAUGACUGUUCAAAAGAUCUAGAACUUUCAAAUACAGAUCAUUCCCAAAAGUCCAACAGGUCUGAUGAAACUUAUGGUGUACCUAAAGAGGUUUCUCCAGCAGCAGAUGAUCCUGUUGAAAGCAAAAGCACAAAUGAUCUGAUGGAGUGUACUGACAUAACACAAACAGAACAAGUCUCUCAGCCCUAUGAUCUGCUUCAUGGAAAAUUUGGCAGUUCUGAAGGAAAUGAUUUUCACAACCAGCUGGAAAGUAACCCACUUUCUGGAACUAGGGAUGAGCCGGAUCUUAAUUCAAUUGGUAUGGAGGUGGAUGAUGGUAAUAUAACUUGUAGUGUGGAGAAUCCCACAAGUUUCAAAAGUGAGAGACCUCUUGAUGACAAGAUUAUGGAGUGUGAAAUGACUUCUUUGAAAGAGGAUGGUAUCAAAAGUGGCGUCACAAUAAGGAAUGUAAACCUCAAUUCAUGUUCGGAUACAAUAUCUUCUCCUGUUUCUGGUGGAAACUAUGAAACAUCUAGUACUCCUGAUGAUGCUAUUCGAUCAUCCAUUAUUGCCCAAUGCUUUGGCACUAACUCUAAUGAUGAAAAUGCUGGUAAGGAUGGAAACUUUGCCAACCAAAACAGUGCUGGUAAGGGGGAAAAUUUUGUCAGUCAGGAAAAUGACAUAGUGUAUCAAUCUAAUUUGACCAUGGGCCCUAUCCCUCCUGCUCAAAUUAAUGUGGAUUGUUUCACUUCUUGUUCAAUGACUCCUGAAAUCAAGAGCUAUGGCAACAGAGGUGAAGAUGAUGGCAAAGAAGCAUUGGUGAACUCGCAGAACAUGGCAAGUAAUGAAACAGGUUUUGAUGUUGAAACUUAUAACAGUGAUAUCUUCAAUAGUACUAUCACAGAAAGUAGUCUUGCCCAGCUGAAUAAUGCCAUCAAUAUGAAAAACGAUUUUGCAAGCUGCUACUCAUUAUCUGACCUAAACACACUUACUGGUGGUUCUGCAACUGAUGAAAUUGACAUCCACGGUAUGAGGAAUUCUUUUGUUAGCUCCACCAGUCGCACUGAUCAAAAUGAACAUUGCACACUGGAUUUUGAUAUCAAGGGUUCCAUGCUUGAGGCACUCGAAAAAUCUGACAGUGACUUGGACAAUCAAUACAAUGGUGCGGGACCUUCUUGUGACUCACUCCCUGCGGCUGGCACAAAUGGGAACAUUGAUGAUUUUAUGUCCAUGCAAACCAAUUUUGGUAGCUUUACCUCUUUGGUUCGUGCUGUUGAAGAUGUUCCACUGAGCAGGAUUCUUCAAGAUCAGUGUGAUUUGCAACUUGGAUUUGGUGGCCCGAAGCAGCCCAUGUAUCCUAGCUUUGAGCAGCAGCUAAGGAUGGCCUCUGCUGGAGCUCCACCGUAUGGGAACAUGGGCAGGCAUGACACUGUACCUGUACCUGAGCCGACACUGAUGUUAGGAUAUGCACCACCACUUGGUAGCUGCCCUCCUCCGUUCCAGUUGGGUUGGGGGGCACCAUCCUAUUCAAAGAUGGUCGGUGUGCUUCAAUCUGUGUGCGUGUGGUGCAACAGCCAAUUCCAGCAUUUUGGCACCAUUGCUGAGCAGCAGGCAGAUUCCCUUGGCUACAUUUGUCCGUCAUGCAAGGGAAAAUUUUCUGGUCAUCUUGGCAUCAAUGGGCCGUCUAUCUGAGAUCCAUUUCAUAUUGUAACCCAAACUGCUGGUGAAUCACUAUCAAUCAGUUUCUAGUUAAUAUGAGUCAAGUUGCACUUGUUGGGGUGUGUAUGUAGCCCCUUGAACUUGUGGCCUUGUGCUGAGGAAUGGCUUACCUUGAAAUCUCAGGAUAUUGUUAACGUGGGCGAUCCGAAACAAUUAAGGACUGUUUUCAUGUUAGAAUCCUUGCCGCGUGAGGGUAUUUGUGAA